AUGGCGUCCGCUGCAGCAAACGCUACUUCUAAGUUCCUAACUAUCAGUCAAGUCAGCCGUCUCCAUAAUACCUUCGUCUACAAAAUUGCCCAGCCCAGUCAGGCUCCCAUGCCUGAGUCAGCAGUCAAUUCACCCAUUAAUAUCGACUACUAUGAAUCGCAAACCAACUUAUUCCAACUUGCUGCAAACCUUGCUGAAAAGAUAAUGAAGAACCACUCAUAUCAAGAUGAGAACAAGCGCACAGCUUAUGUGGCAGCCAAUAUGUUCCUCAAAAUCAAUGGAUACCAGCUCGAAGAAACGCCUACCGCCUCAAUGGCAGACGCCCACGUUGUCGUAUGUACCAAUAUCUGGACCGCAGAGGAGCUUGGCAGAUAUUAUGAGUCAAAUGCGAGGGCCAUCCCGGGAUGGAGUGAUUGCACUAAGGAAUAUACGUGA